CACGAUCUGAAAUUGGUGUUCUGCAUUAUUCCUAGGGUUUUGCGGCCUCCAGGUGGUGGAUCCAAUUUUUCACUAGGUUUUGAUGAACCAACAGAACAACCAGCAAGGAGGAACAAAAUGGCCUCUAGCAUCUUUGGGACCCCAGAGGAAAACCCCCCUUCUUGGGCCAAGCCAGCAGGUGCCAAGUCCAGUGGUGGCAGAGAAGAUCCUGAGCCGUCUGGAGCCCAGAGAAGUAACUCGUCGGAGGCAAACUCAGGAGACUUCAUAGACCUGAAGGGAGAAGGUGCCAUUCAUGAACACGUGGACACAGACUUGCAGGCCAGCCUGGGGCAGAGCGAAGAGAAGCCGGUGCCCGCGGCCCCUGUGCCCAGCCCGGUGGCGCCCGCCCCGGUGCCGUCCCGGAGAAACCCUCCCGGCGGCAAGUCCAGCCUCGUCUUGGGUUAGCUCCGCCGCCGCCCGCUGUCGUUUUGUUUUUCUCCAUGCUUGUGAACUGCACAACUUGAGCCUGACUGUACAUCUUUUGGAUUUGUUUCAUUAAAAAAGAAGCACUUUAUGUA